AUGAGGCUGCGAAACACAGUUUGUUUAGCUGUACUGCUGUAUGCUGUAGACCUGCAUGUAACUUCUGGCAGACAUGUUAGUGAAGAUGUCGUUGACGAUGUCGUUAACGAUGUUACCGAUGAACUGGAUGCUCCAACUGAAGUCGUUGAUACUGAAGUCUCAGAGAACAGCAGCGCAUCGAACCAUCUCCUACUCUCAAGGGAGAAAAGAAAAGCAAUAAAGUAUUUGCAAUAUCGCUGGAAACAAAAUGAAAUACCAUUUGAAAUUGAUUAUUCAAAAUUUAACAGUACACAUGUUUAUGAAAUCUUCAAAGGGAUGAAUGAAUGGCAGACGUACACAUGCCUCAGAUUUAGACCACGGAAACAGCAAGACCAGAAUUACGUCACAUUUGAACACCAUGAAAGCAAGUGCCAAGCUGUUAUAGGAAUGAGUCAUGCAGGCCAGACGAUUGGAUUGGCAUAUUAUUGUUUUAAUUCACAUACAAUUCUUCAUGAAAUAGGGCACGCUAUUGGAUUCUACCAUGAACAGAGUCGCCCAGACAGAGAUCAGUAUAUCACCGUUUCGAAAAAUGUUGCAAAUGAUUACAGUCUCUAA